GUUUUUGCCGAAUCGGCUAGACGAAUGGGUGUUAAGUUAUGGAUUGACAAUUUGAAGCAUCAUGGUUUUUACAUUGAUGAAAGUUUGGAGGUUGAUGAUCGACGAAAGGCAUUACGCUAUCUUCUUACUGACCUCCUUGCGGAUGGUCAAAACCUUCCGAUUCCAUCGCAAACUGUGAGACCUUGGGUGCCGGAACCUCAGCUUUGGGGAGUGGAUAAAAUCUACAUGAUAAACCUAAAACGCCGGCCAGAGAGAAGAAGAAGAAUGGAGAAGAUUUUUGAAGUACUAGGUGUUGACGCCACAUACUGGGAAGCUACUGACGGUCACAAGUUGCCUGGCGAAUUCAUUUACGAGCUUCUGCCUGGAUAUCUCGACCCAUUCCAUAAAAGGCCUAUGAAAGCUGGCGAAAUCGGAUGUUUUCUC